AUGAUGCGGCCUUUCGCGUCCUUCACGCCCUCCCGCGUGCAUCGUGUUCCCUUUCCUCCCCGCGUGCAUCGUGUUCCCUUUCCUCCCCGCGUGCAUCGUGUUCCCUUUCCUCCCCGCGUGCAUCGUGUUCCCUUUCCUCCCCGCGUGCAUCGUGUUCCCUUUCCUCCCCGCGUGCAUCGUGUUCCCUUUCCUCCCCGCGUGCGUCGUGUUCCCUUUCCUCCCCGCGUGCAUCGUGUUCCCUUUCCUCCCCGCGUGCAUCGUGUUCCCUUUCCUCCCCGCGUGCAUCGUGUUCCCUUUCCUCCCCGCGUGCAUCGUGUUCCCUUUCCUCCCCGCGUGCAUCGUGUUCCCUUUCCUCCCCGCGUGCAUCGUGUUCCCUUUCCUCCCCGCGUGCAUCGUGUUCCCUUUCCUCCCCGCGUGCGUCGUGUUCCCUUUCCUCCCCGCGUGCAUCGUGUUCCCUUUCCUCCCCGCGUGCAUCGUGUUCCCUUUCCUCCCCGCGUGCAUCGUGUUCCCUUUCCUCCCCGCGUGCAUCGUGUUCCCUUUCCUCCCCGCGUGCAUCGUGUUCCCUUUCCUCCCCGCGUGCAUCGUGUUCCCUUUCCUCCCCGCGUGCAUCGUGUUCCCUUUCCUCCCCGCGUGCAUCGUGUUCCCUUUCCUCCCCGCGUGCGUCGUGUUCCCUUUCCUCCCCGCGUGCGUCGUGUUCCCUUUCCUCCCCGCGUGCGUCGUGUUCCCUUUCCUCCCCGCGUGCAUCGUGUUCCCUUUCCUCCCCGCGUGCAUCGUGUUCCCUUUCCUCCCCGCGUGCAUCGUGUUCCCUUUCCUCCCCGCGUGCAUCGUGUUCCCUUUCCUCCCCGCGUGCGUCGUGUUCCCUUUCCUCCCCGCGUGCAUCGUGUUCCCUUUCCUCCCCGCGUGCAUCGUGUUCCCUUUCCUCCCCGCGUGCGUCGUGUUCCCUUUCCUCCCCGCGUGCGUCGUGUUCCCUUUCCUCCCCGCGUGCGUCGUGUUCCCUUUCCUCCCCGCGUGCGUCGUGUUCCCUUUCCUCCCCGCGUGCGUCGUGUUCCCUUUCCUCCCCGCGUGCGUCGUGUUUCCUUUCCUCCCCGCGUGCGUCGUGUUUCCUUUCCUCCCCGCGUGCGUCGUGUUUCCUUUCCUCCCCGCGUGCGCGACGUCGACCCCAAACCCGCAUCUUCCGUAUCCCCCGCAUUCCCUCCAUGCCCUGCGUUCUCUGUUCCUUCCGCUCUCCCCCACCUCCUAACCCCCCCGCAACUCCCGCCCCGAUUUCCGGCGUUCCCCGCACUCCUCCCGCCGCCCCCCUUCCCCCCCGGGCGGGCAGGUGAACGUGGGGCUGAUCAAGAUGUUCAACGGGUUCGGCCCCAAGGCGCCGAACCUGGCGUACAGGGGGUACACGGGGUGCCUCAACAGUCAUGUCAUUCCCCGUAUUCCCCGCAUCCCCGCGCUCCCCGCGCCCCCACCCCCCUCUCCCCCCCCCCUCCCCCCUUCUCUCCCCCUCCCCCCCUCUUCCCCCCUCCCCCCCUCUCCCCCCCUUCCUCCCGUGGGCAGGUGAACGUGGGGCUGAUCAAGGUGUUCAACGGGUUCGGCCCCAAGGCGCCGGACCUGGCGUACUGGGGGUACACGGGGUGCCUCAACAACCGCUCCUGGAUCAAAUACGCCGAAGAAACGCAGUACGCCAAGCCCUGGAUGACCAACGCCUGGCUCGCCUUCGUCGACGGGCAGGACAGGCCGAUGAUAGAGAAGUCACUCGGAUGUCAGUUUCAGGGCAUCAACAGUCUGGAGGCGAAAGUGAGUGCGCGCAAGGACUGCUACGUGGUGAACCUGUUCCAGUUCAGCCCCUUCUUCAACUGGCCGCAGUGCACCGACUACUCCGAUCGCUUUGGCGAGGGCUGCAGCAACCUCAACACCAAGUGGAAGAGCCGCGGCAGCCCGCCGUACCGGUUUCGAAACGGCCACAUCGGAUUCAGUUUUGGCAUUCCAGUGUUGCGCCACCCAAUCGACGACAACGCCAAGUCAGAGGAGGUUCUGGCAGCGCUGGCGGGGUUCCUUGCGCCUGGCAUCGACGCCGAGGCGCUCAUAAAGCACACACUCUACUCUGUACUCGAUACAGGCAACUCGACCGCCAUGUCCUUCACAAUGUACGACGUCACGAACGCGUCCAACCCGCUCAUGGUGUUCGGGGACACACAGCCCGCCACGGGCACCAACCCCAUCUACCCCAUGGUGCUGCCCGCGCCCAUCCCCCCGGGCGACAAGGUCGUGCAGCCCUUCCCCGACGACUUCAUCGGCCGCCGCUACGAGGGCCACUGCCGCUACCGCCACCCUCCCCCCGUCUGGGGGACCCUGUUUGCUCCCAUGCUCCUCGGGCUCCUGGUGCUGCUGGUCGCGGUGCUGCUGACGUUUAUCAUAGUGUCGCUUGCGAGGAAGAAGGCGAGGAUACGGCAGCAGAUGGCGGAGGUGGAAGAGUAUACUCUCGCGCUGGAGCAGGCGGAAAGGUCUAAGAGCGAGUUUGUCGCGAACCUGUCGCAUGAGCUGAGGACGCCUAUAACGGGGAUGUUAGGGAUGAUGGAUUGGCUGCUGGAGUCGAGUCUGUCGGAGUGGCAGCACUGGGAUCUGCUGGACGCCAAGACGUGUGCCGUUGAGGCGAUUGGGCUUCUGAAUAGCGUGCUGGAUUUGGCCAAGCUGCAGGCGAACCGGUUGGUGCUGGAGGCCUUUCCGUUCAGCCCACACCAAUGCGCGGACUUAGCUGUGCGCGCCCUCAUGCCCGCUGCGCACAAGAAGAACCUGCAAUUCAUAGUCAGGAUGCACGCCAGUGUUCCGGACGUGCUCAUAGGCGAUCCCACUCGCGUGGGGCAGGUCAUGCGAGAACUCAUCAGUCACGCCAUUCGCAACACCGUGUCAGGUCGGGUGAUCCUCCACCUUUGGUGUGUGCCCGCUCCCGUGCCUGUCCAAGCCGUUGCCGAGUCUACCGAACCUGACCUGGAGGCCUGGAUCCAAGGUUUGGAGGUUAGGGGAGAGGACAAGGAGAUUGAAGGAGGCGUAGCGGGGGGCGUGUACGGUGGUAAAGUGGCUGCUGCUGCUGCAAACGAGGAUGCUUAUAUUGGGGAUCAACGGCAAAGGGAGGAACUACUGGCUCGAAUGAAGAGGAGUGGCUGUGCUGAAUGCUGUGGUGCUGCUGCUAGGGAUGCUGGUGGUAACGAUGGUUCUAGUAGUGAGGAUGCUGCUAAUGGUGCUGCUGCUGCUGGUGGCAUUGGCUGUUUUGGCUCGAGACAGAGCAGCGGGCAGGAGAUGGGCGCCAGCGGGCGGGAGAUGGGCGGCAGGAGUGGAUUAUCAGAUGACUGCUGCGAAGCGAGCUUCAGAUACAGCCUGUCCCAGAUGAAUGCAUACAUCCAGCCAGCUGGUGCUGCUAGCAGUAACGUUUCAGUCAAUUCAACCCCCCCUAACCCCUCCCCCCUUCUUCCUUUCUUCCUCUCUUCCCCCUCCCUUCCUGUCUCUCUCUCAGAUGAAUGCAUACAUCCAGCCAGCUGCCAGCUGGUGCUGCUAGCAGUAACGUUUCAGUCAAUUCAACCCCCCCUAACCCCUCCCCCCUUCUUCCUUUCUUCCUCUCUUCCCCCUCCCUUCCUGUCUCUCUCUCAGAUGAAUGCAUACAUCCAGCCAGCUGGUGCUGCUAGCAGUAACCCAGCUGGUGCCGACAGCAGCGCCAGCGCCACCACACAUGCGCCCAGCAAGCACGCUCCCCCCUCCACUGCCUUCUCUCUCCUUUCCUCGCUGCCUGGGAGGCUGCUGAGGAGUGUGAUGGGUGGAGGGGAUGACAGUGCGUCGGGGAAGUCGCGCGGUGGGAAGGGGUUUCAGGACGCGUGGACGCCGUACCCUGUGCGCUUCCUGCUGUCUGCGAGCCUGGACGCGUGGACGCCGUACCCCGUGCGCUUCCUGCUGUCGGCCAGUCUGGUGAGUCUGAUGUGCGGGUGCAUGGGCGUGGCCACACAGGCAUCUAUUUCCCCUCUCCUGCUCGUUUCCCACCACCCAACCCUCACCUUUCCCCUCUCUCCCCGCUCUCUCGUGACCCAGGUGAGCCUGAUGCGCGGGUGCAUGGGUGUGGCAACACAGGAGCACGUGGGGUCCACCAUCAUGGUCUCAUUCUCUCCCCCGCGCGCCCUUCCCCUCCCCACAAAACUUUUGAGUCGACUCAAAAGUCACCAUCAUGGUCUCAUUCUCUCCCCCGCGCGCCCUUCCCCUCCCCACAAAACCCCGUCUCUUUCUGCUCUUCCAUCCUCCCAGGUGAGCCUGAUGCGCGGGUGCAUGGGUGUGGCAACACAAGAGCACGUGGGUUCUACCAUCAUGGUCGCCCUGCCAAUGAAAACGCGCCACGUGGCACCACCCACAGCAGCAGCAGAGGACGGGGAGGACGAGGAGGGAGAGGAAGAAGGGGAGGAGAGAGAGGGAGAGGGGGAGUGGGAGGAGGAGGGGAUGGAAGAAGCUAUGGCAUGGGUGGAGAUGAAGUGGGGUACGAGGGAGGUGGUGGAGGGGAAGCGUGCGCUCGUGGUGGAUGGGGAUGGCGUGCGGGCAGAGGCCACAGUCACAGCCCUCCGGUACCUGGGCAUGCACGCUAAAGUCGCAGCCACACAAGAGGAAGCCACUCGGAAGAUUCUGGGAAGGCAGCCGGAAGCUGCAUGGCGGUUUGCAGAGAAGCGGAUGGGGGAGGCGAGGAGGAGGGCGAAGAGGGGCAAGGGGAAGGGCGAGGGAGCGGGGGAUGGGAAUGGGGAGGGUGAGGCGAAGGGGGAGGAAGUGGGGCAGAGGGACGAGAAGGGAGAAAGGAAGGUGGAGGGGGAGAGGAAGCAGGAAGCAGAGAAGAAUGAGCAGGAAGAGCAGGCAGAACAGGUGCAGCAGGAGGAGCAGGAGGAGCAGGAAGGAGAAAAAGUGGAUGAGAUGGAGGGGCCAUGGGACGUUGUGUUUGUGGAAUCCGAUGCAUUCAGCAGCGGGGUUAACUCCAAGCCACGGGGUAGCAGCAUCACUGAUGCUGGCGCACAGAGCAUGCCCGGGAAUGGGAACGGCUCAGAUGCUGUGGCAGCGAAGUCAGGGAUCGGUUUCGGCCGUCGGAUCAAGUUUGACCACCGCAGCCUCGUUCUCUUCCACUCCGCCAGUGCUGCUGCGCGUGUUCCCAACUCCCCGCCCUCGCCUGCCUUACUCCCUCACACCGCGGGUCUGUCUCAUGCAGCCCACAGUGUUGUCACAUCAUCAGCAUCGUCUGGAGCUGCAACAGUAGCAGCAGCAGCAGCAGCAUCAGCAGCAGCAUCAGCAGCACAACUACCAGCACCACCAUCACCAUCAGCAUCACCGCUACCAUCACCGCCACUAUCACCCCCACGGCAACCGCCUGUGCCGUGCAGUCUGCCCCCGCUGGUGCUCACAGGGCCGGGCUGUCCGGGUGUGAGCUAUGCCAGAGCGCUCGCAGCAGGCUUUGCCGACACGCUCCCUCAACCGUACCUUGUUGCCGACCUUGCUCAGUGCCUGCACGCGGUGAGUCCCUUGAUUCCCCAAGUCACCCCGUGUGUCUUGGCGCGCGCAGCAGGCUUUGCCGACACGCUCCCUCAACCGUACCUUGUUGCCGACCUUGCUCAGUGCCUGCACGCGGUGAGUCCCUUGAUUCCCCAAGUCACCCCGUGUGUCUUGGCGCUCGCAGCAGGCUUUGCCGACACGCUCCCUCAACCGUACCUUGUUGCCGACCUUGCUCAGUGCCUGCACGCGGUGAGUCCCUUGAUUCCCCAAGUCACCCCGUGUGUCUUGGCGCGCGCAGCAGGCUUUGCCGACACGCUCCCUCAACCGUACCUUGUUGCCGACCUUGCUCAGUGCCUGCACGCGGUGAGUCCCUUGAUUCCCCAAGUCACCCCGUGUGUCUUGGCGCUCGCAGCAGGCUUUGCCGACACGCUCCCUCAACCGUACCUUGUUGCCGACCUUGCUCAGUGCCUGCACGCGGUGAGUCCCUUGAUUCCCCAAGUCACCCCGUGUGUCUUGGCGCUCGCAGCAGGCUUUGCCGACACGCUCCCUCAACCGUAUCUUGUUGCCGACCUUGCUCAGUGCCUGCACGCGGUGAGUCCCUUGAUUCCCCAAGUCACCCCGUGUGUCUUGGCGCUCGCAGCAGGCUUUGCCGACACGCUCCCUCAACCGUACCUUGUUGCCGACCUUGCUCAGUGCCUGCACGCGGUGAGUCCCUUGAUUCCCCAAGUCACCCCGUGUGUCUUGGCGCUCGCAGCAGGCUUUGCCGACACGCUCCCCCAGCCCUGCAUCGUGGCCGACCUCGCUCAGUGUCUCCACGCACUCUUCGCCCCCAUCGACCAAUCAGACGACCUCUCCGACACCUCCACCAAUCACAUCGCGCCAGCGGACCCCUCCUCCAUCUCCUCCCUCGCCCCCUCCACCCCUCCACGCCCCAAAUCCCCACAAUUCCGCUCCAAAGCCGCGCUCGGCCUCGCGAAACCCGAAGACGCUGCCGCUUUGCUAAAAGAAAUGCUUAGCGGGCGGGAAGUGAUGGUGGUGGAUGACAACGCGGUGAACCGGAUGGUGGCGAGGAAGACUCUUCAGGGGCUGGGAGCGAAGGUGGAGCUUGUAGAGAGUGGAGAGAAGGCAUUGGAGAGACUUAGUGCUCCGAAUGCGUUUUCUGUUCUUCUGAUAGACCUGCACAUGCCGCCUGGCAUUGACGGCUACGAGACUGCUCGGCGCAUUCGAACCCAGUUCCCUGGAGAUACUGCAGCAGCUGCUGCAGCAACCACCACCGCCACUACGAGCACCAGCAGCAGCAGCGGUGGCAGUGGCAGCACCACUGUCACCUCCUCCUCGUCCACUCUCUCCUCCCUGCCGAAGCUUCAAUCCCAGCCGUCGUUUGUGUUCCACCCUGGUGGCCUGCCAUUGUUGGAUCUGGAUGCUCCAGCAGCAGCAGCAGCAACUGCAGAAGCAGCAGCAUCACCAACAGCAGUAGCAGCAGCGGCGGCGCCAGUAGCAGCGGCAGCGGAGGCACCUGGCCCGGCAUGCAGGCAGCUGAUAUUCGCGCUGACCGCCGAUGUGGACACGCGGGUGAGGCAGGCGUGCAAGGAGGCGGGCAUGGACGGCACUCUCUCCAAGCCCAUCGCCCACCAAGAGCUGCUUUCGGCGAUCAAAGCAACUGGCGUCACUCUGCUGUGA